UAGCAAGAAAAAGAGUCCGUUGAAAAAGAAAAAGAAAAUAAAAAUAGGAUGUGAGUCGCCAAAAAAAUUGGCUAGCCUUAGAUUAAUUAAUAACCGUCAGAGUUUUGGUUUUAUUUGUGGUUCUUUACCGUUAUAACACAAACGUAAAUGCAUAAUUCCUGUGUUUUUUGUGCAAUUUGAUUUUCAAGAUUGGUUUAAUUUGCUCAACAUAAUGCUUCCCUUUCAUUAGCUGAAUUAUUGUGGUUUGUCAUCAAAAGAAACAUGGCGGAAGGAGCCGCUGGUGCUCGAGAGCUUGACCAGACGCCCACAUGGGCUGUCGCUGCUGUUUGUGCUAUUAUCGUUUUGCUCUCUAUCAUUUUGGAGAAGUUUCUUCAUUGGACGGGAGAGUGGUUUCAAAGUAGACACAAGAAAGCUCUGUAUGAGGCUCUUGAGAAAGUUAAAGCAGAGCUUAUGGUUUUAGGCUUCAUAUCUCUACUCCUGACAUUCAGCCAAAACUUCAUUUCUGAAAUCUGCAUUCGUGAAAAAUUUGCCAAUACAAUGUUGCCAUGCCCGAAAAAGGGCGACUCUCAUGAAGGUGAUUCUUCUAAACCUUUCAAAGAGGAGGAUCAUAACCGCAGGCUUCUAUUCUAUGACCGCAGAUUUUUAGCAGCUGGCUCCCCAGCUGCAGGAUGCAAACCGGGGCACGUGCCACUGAUAUCUCUGAAUGGACUGCAUCAAUUGCACAUCUUCAUUUUCUUCUUAGCAGUUUUCCAUGUGUUCUACGGUGCAAUAACAAUGACACUUGGAAGAUUAAAGAUUCGUGGUUGGAAAGAGUGGGAACGUGAGAGUUCCCAGGAUCAUGAUACUAAGAACGAUCCAACAAGAUUCAGGCUCACCCAUGAGACAUCAUUUGUCAGAGACCACACAAGUUUCUGGACAAGAACGCCAUUCCUCCAUUACAUUGUAUGCUUCUAUAGACAAUUCUUCAGAUCCGUCACAAAAGCUGACUACUUGACAAUGCGGCAUGGAUUCAUUUCUGUUCAUUUAGCACCUGGAAGCAAGUUUGACUUUCAGAAAUACAUCAAACGGUCAUUGGAAGAUGAUUUUAAGGUAGUCGUCGGUAUCAGUCCAUUACUCUGGGCUUCUGUGGUGAUUUUCCUGCUCUUUAAUGUUCAUGGAUGGCUCAUCAUAUACUGGGUUUCUAUACUUCCUAUAUUUGUAAUCUUAGCUGUUGGAACAAAACUACAAGCAAUUAUAACCCAAAUGGCAGUUGAAAUUCAAGAAAGACAUGCUGUGGUACAAGGAAUACCACUGGUUCAAGUGUCGGACAAACAUUUUUGGUUUGGUUGGCCUCAUCUGGUCCUUUUUCUCAUCCACUUUGUCCUGUUUCAGAACGCAUUUGAGCUAACAUAUUUCUUCUGGAUAUGGUAUGAAUUUGGCUUGAAUUCAUGUUUUCACGAGCAUAUAAAUCUUAUAUACCUAAGAGUUGCUCUAGGGAUAGGAGCUCAAAUUCUCUGCAGCUACAUCACACUUCCACUCUAUGCCCUUGUUACCCAGAUGGGAUCAACGAUGAAGAGGUCGAUUUUCGAUGAACAAACUUCGAAGGCCUUAAUGCAAUGGCAUAAAAAUGCUGUAAAAAAGAAGCAGGAGGGGAAGUCUGAUCACAUCCCCACCAAGACACUAGGAGGGAGUCCUAGCCCCAACUCUCCGGCGCACUCGCCGAUGAAAAUGUCAGCUCAGCCAAGAAAUAUUGAAUUGACUGAUGUUGAAGCAGUUGGAGCAAACACUCACCAGACAGUAGAUAUUAUGGCUACCAUUGAUCUUCAUGAUGAUGAUGAUGAUCAAAACAAAGGAACUCACCAAUACAGCCAACAACGCGAUUUACUGAGUUGAUGCUGAUGCUAUUAGCUGUAGCAGUAGAAUUCUUUUUUCUUUACUUGAAGUCAUUUUAGUUGGUUCCAAAUUAGUUUGAUAUUCAACACUUUAUUUCUUUUCAUCCCCUGGCCUGCAGCACACAUACUGACUGACUAUAAAAAUAUGAUUAUGUACUCUAAUUGUUGUUAGGUACAAUUGUAAAUCUAAUACAAACAUUUUCAUUACUUAAAUAAAAUAUUAGUAUUAGAGAAAA